CAGCGAUGGGCGUGGCCGGGGCGGGCACUGCGCGUGCGCGGGAGGCGGCGACGCCGGAAGCGGCGGUUGGAGCCGAGCGGCGCCGUCUCUGCUGAGCGGCGGGAGCGCCGGGCCUGGUCAGGCCGAACCGCAGCGCAGCGUCUCGCCUUGUCCCGUCCCGCCUCGCAGAGCUCAGCCCAGCCCGCCAUGAGCUGCCGGCAGCCGCUGCCGAGCGAGCGGGGAGCGAGGCAGAGGAAGCGGAGGCGGAAUGGCCCUGAGGACGACGGUCACGUUCCCCAGACAAAGCGUACUACCAGGAGCACUGUCCUUCAGGACUCCUGGGACACCGAGAAGGUGGCUGUAACGAAAAACAGUAAGGAGCACAGACUAAAAGGAAACAAAGUGUCCUGUGCGUCCUCCAGCAGCGAUAGCGGCAGCAGCAGCAGCAGCUGUAGUAGCAGUAGCAUCAACAGCCCCGACAGAGCGUGCGGCGCAGAGCCCAGCCUAAACCCCAGCCUUGCGGGAUCCGGCCCCGUCUCCUCCCAGUCCUUCCACGAGCAGUCUGCACUAAGCCAAGGUCCUUACUUCCACAUCAACCAGAUCCUGAGGGAAGCCCAUUUUCACAGCUUACAGAGCCGGGGCCGCCUGCCCACAUGAUGACCCAGCAGCUCCCUGCCUUCUGUGAAGGGACAGCACUGUGUAGCUUUGAUAUUUCAACUUAAAAGUUUGUUAAAAUGGAAUUGCACAAAACGCCUGUUGCCUUUUCAGUCUAUAUUUGAAAUAACAGGUUAACAGGAAAUUGUUUACUUGUGGUUUGCUGCACUAUUGCAAUGCAAGAGGGGCUUCUAAGCAAUUUUUAUAGGAUUCUUUUUGGGGUGGUUCUACAAGUACAUGUCAAGAGGAGACCGAGGAAUCCACAUGCGUUGUAGGAUUGCAAAAUGUUCAAUUCCAAUCGACUGCCUAAUCUGUUUGUUAGCAAUUUGUUGCUUUAUGUAAAGUUCUCUCAAACGUUCAUCUUCAGUUUUAUAAGUCUUUUUUUAAUUUCAAUAAACUAGUAAAAAAUUUAUUUGGCAACAGAAUUUUUGUGAGCAUUUAGAGUUAAUAGGACAAUGAGAUCCCUGAGGCCCGCCCCGGCCGCCAACUGUCCCGCCAGCUGGGUGUGCGAUGAGCCUUAUCUCGCUUCAUCUUUACUGCUGUACUGCAAAGAAAAUGUGAAACUAGGACCAGGAAAGCUCAGGCGGCUGUAAGUGAAAUGUCAGGUGCCCGCUGGCUUCACAGCAGAUUCGCGGUAGCUACGGAGAAAAGUAGAGAGGAGCCUAGGGAGGGGUUUUUGAAGGAGAGGAGACUUACGUUGCUCCAAUACCCAUUUCUAGCUGUGAAAUGUUUUGUUUUCUGUUACAGUGUGUGGGUUGGUGGUUUUCUUUAAUAUUAACAGCUUCAAGGUAUAGGAGGUGACAGCGCAGUUACGGCUCUGCUCCAGCAGCCAGAGGGCAAGGACAGCGCUGAGCCGCGCCUGGGAUCCGGCUGAGGAUGGCACGGUUCUGACCGUAGCAGCGGAGGCGUCAGUGCUCUCGCCCAGCAGAGAGUGAUCUUGGUGAAGACGAAUACACAGACCAACUUCUCAUUUUUUAUUGCAUCACUUGGUCAUGCCAGAAAGCCAUCCCAGCUUGAAGAGAGAAGGUGCAGCCGCGUCGUCCUCCUCGGCUACAAGCUGCCUGAACAAGGAGCCGGGGCGCAACGCCUCGUCGUCUGCUCUUGGGAGUGCAGGGGCUGGGACCUGGUAGUUUUUAAAAACAAAAGCGUCAGUAACUAUUCCAACAUACCUUUGACUUAGUGUGUACCCUUGUCUAGAGUAGCUGCAAGGAGGCAACUUGAGCUUGAACUACAACCGAAGCAGCAUCACCCCUGGGGGUUAGUGAUGGUUCUGAGUGGCAGAAGCACACACCGUGCUGUUGUUAGCAACAGGUAACUCUUCAGACGUCAUUCAAUGCUCAGAAAAACCGAAAUUCUUCUGAAGUGCGUGCUGUUGCUCUCAGAGCAAGGGGAUGGGAGCAGGGAGACGUGCAGCUGCUGCCCUCAGAGAGCUGUUCUUGGGCGACUGUGGACUUUCACCUCUCCAGAACCAUUUUAGCACCAAAGAUGGAGCAAACAUCUGCCAGGGAUCCUGAGAAGAGUGACUAGCGCAGAACAGACGUGUACCACCGCAGCAGGCCAAGGGAGCGGUGACAGCGAGUCAAACAUCACCGCACACUUAUACACCCUACUACAGCGGGAGUGGAAGAGGCAAAGAAUACCUUCAGUGGGAAGCUUUGGGCUUUUCAGCAACCCUUGUACUAUGUCUGGUCUUUAAUGCUUCUGAGUAACGGACAACAAGAGUUGCAGAGUAAACGCCAGCAUCUCUGAUUAAACCAGACCUUUACUCUUCUGUCCCAGUUGAAGAGACAUCACCUCAGAUGGAUUAUUGGGUUAAUAAUAGCUAAAGGAAACAGAUUACUAAUUAGUGCUUCCUGUAGCAGUGAGGUAUUCCUUGGCUCUCUCAAUCCUUUGCAUCGAGAACUCCAUCUAAGCAGAUGUUUCAAACUGGGGGAAACAGCAACGAUGGUUGUGUGCUGGGAAAAGCCAGGACAGCAGCGAGCCCUGGCAGAAGCAAAGCCACUCCGCUCACACAGGCUGAAAUACCCCGGCCCGGCUUCCUCAGGAGCCACAGUCAGCAUCGCACUGCAAGGGAGGUCACAGAAUUAGCUGGUGUCCUUCAACAGUUCCUGCAGCCAUCUUUAAGUGAAUUGUUGUUAUGCAUUGCUCUCUAAAUGCCUCAUCUGUGUAAGUCCUCACCGCAUCUUCACGGAGGUUAUUGCUUGUGUUUCACCACAGAGCAGCGGCUCCAAAAAUACAGGGGCCAUCAGGGGCUUUUUUGAGGGUCAUGGGGAAAUCCAAACCAUCUCAUGCUAUGUUGCCAUAAUGUUCUCUCAUUUUACAGAAAAUAAAAAUCAGGUUAAAUUUAA